UGGGAAGAAUGUUCCUUACGUUUGUUGUCAGUGGGAAGAAUGUUCCUUACGUUUGUAGUCAGUGGGAAGAAUGCUCCUUACAUUUGUAGUCAGUGGGAAGAAUGCUCCUUACAUUUGUUGUCAGUGGGAAGAAUGUUCCUUACGUUUGUAGUCAGUGGGAAGAAUGCUCCUUACAUUUGUUGUCAGUGGGAAGAAUGUUCCUUACGUUUGUAUCAGUGGGAAGAAUGCUCCUUACAUUUGUAGUCAGUGGGAAGAAUGCUUCUUACAUUUGUGGUCAGUGGGAAGAAUGCUCCUUAAGUUUGUAGUCAGUGGGAAGAAUGUUCCUUACGUUUGCAGUCAGAGGGAAGAAUGCGCCUUACGUUUGUAGUCAGUGGGAAGAAUGCUCCUUACAUUUGUGGUCAGUGGGAAGAAUGCUCCUUACAUUUGU